GCAGAGUCUAACAAAAUGCGCCAGGGCACGGAAACCAAAUUUCACCAUAGCGACUGAGCAACCUCCGAAUCCACCACCACUCCUCCGCCCUUUUCCGCCGGAAUCCGAUUCCUACUGCUCUCCGGUUCUCCAAUCUCUCUCCUCUCUCGCAAAUGGCGGAUCCUUAUUGGAGGUACGGCGAAGUCAGGCAGCCGCCGCCGAUUCCUUCUCUCUCCGCAAAACGACCUCGUUCUGAUUACGAUGUUCCCGGUGGCCAUGAUUUGCCCAGUUAUUUUUCUCGUGAGGAUGAAAGAGCAGCUCACCGUUCAAUUAGGGAUUCUGAUUCCAUUGGAGCAUCCUAUGAUCGUUACCUGCGCAAUGCACAGAUGCCAUCCUAUGGUGGAGAUUCUGGUCGGCCAUUGAGCGGGGGAAUAACUAGUCACCCUGUAGAUGAUCCACGUGUUGUGGGUGUUAGAGGUGUGGACCAAGGGGCAACUGUAAAAAGCCAGAGCUUAGGAUUCAGUGGAGGAAGACCUGAGCUUCCCCUUCCUCCUGAUGCUUCCAGUACAUUGUUUGUGGAGGGCUUGCCUGCAAACUGUACCCGCAGAGAAGUAUCUCAUAUCUUUCGCCCUUUUGUAGGCUACAAAGAAGUGAGACUUGUGAGCAAGGAAUCAAGACAUUCUGGAGGUGAUCCAUUGGUACUCUGUUUUGUUGACUUUGUGAGUCCAGCACAUGCAGCCACUGCAAUGGAUGCUUUACAAGGUGUUUUGAGGUUUCUCAUCAAGCAUCAGAUUUUGUAGGAAAUGGGUUUACUUAGCAACAGUUUGGGCUCUAUCUUGAGAUUAGUAUAAUUUUAUAUUGGGUAGCUUGAGAGUUUGAAAGUCCUUAAGCUUCUCAUUUCUCAAGAAGAAGAAGAAGAAGAAGAAGAAGAAAUCACAAAUUCUUCAAAUCUUUGGUUUGGUGGCUCAAAUCUCUCACAAAUAGAAGUGAAAACUGCACUUUUGGAGGCUUGCGCAGGAUCUGACUCUUUUUCUUUAGGAAAGGGAAAGUGACAAACCACCUUUAUCAUGAGCAGGUCGUGAGACGAACAGUGUGUUACCGAUAGAAAUUACUGAAAUUAAUGAACUUACAUCUAGUUUAUAUUCACAUCUUGCUCCAUUCUGUUCCAGGUGAAUUUCAAGACUCCCAACUGCCGAUGUAGUUCUAUACUUGAAAGUAUACAUUAAAAAAUUUUGCAACUUUAAGUCUUGGGGUUGAAGUUGCGGAUUUAUCCUUUUUAA